AUGCUAAUCAAUAUUGCUAGGUUCUUAAUAAUUGAUAAUUAAUCUCCAUUCAAUGGAAAUACAACAGGAAAUUCAUUUACAAGAGACUUAAUUAUAACUGUCUAACAUGUGUUCUUUGAUUAAUUGGGAGGAGAAGCCGCCGUCACAGCAGUCACAACUAAAUUCUACGCUAACAUCCAAGCUGAUCCAACAGUUGCCAACUUCUUCAAAGGAAUCAACAUGGCUGACUAAACAAACAAGACAGCUUCAUUUUUAUGUGCCGCUCUUGGAGGACCAAAGGCUUGGGGAGGAAGAAACUUAAAAGAUGUCCAUGCCAAUAUGGGAGUCACAAAUGCCCAAUUCACAACAGUCAUCGGACAUUUAAGAAGUGCCUUGACUUCUGCCGGUGUUGCUGCUGCUCUGGUUGAUUAGACUGUCGCUGUUGCUGAAACAGUCAGAAAAGACGUUGUCACAGCCUGAUUAUUAUUAUAUAUAAUGAACAUAUAUACAACAACAUCUCUAUUCG